GUUAUUUAUGAGCAAUUACCUGGAAGCUAAAAUCCAAUUUAAAACCUUUUUGUUUUGCGUGUGUAUUUCUAAAAAUUAUAAUAUUUUUUGAUUGGGCUCAAAAAGGCGUUAAAGACACACCUGUUUCUGCUUGGUAAUCAGAGGGUUUGCUGGGUUGGUGUUUGGAGGUUCCUCAGGUUGACAAAUCUUCACACAGUCUGUUUUCUUUUGACAUACAGGCAUAUGGCAUCACAAAGAAAAAGCAGUCUGGAGGCCCAUCUGUUGGGACCACGCUGGUUCCUGACCUCCAUCCUGUCGGCCACAGCUCUGGUCCUCCCCGCCCUGAGUCUGGACAGCCUGCUGUGUUACUACUGUCCUCUGCAGCACAAAGGCAUGUCCUGCCCCAAAAUCAUCAGCCAGUGUCUGCCAGAUCAGCGCUGUUCCAGCUCCGAAGGCCGCUACGGCUCCCUCCACAUCCUGUCGGCUCAGGGCUGCGUGGACACCAAACUCUGUGGCUCCCAUGAAAUCACCUCUUAUCGGGGGGUCAAGUACAACGUUAGCCACACCUGCUGCUGCAAAGACGAAUGCAACGGCCAGCCAAAGUCUGACACCAAACUGAAGAUGCUACUGGGGAUAACCACAGACAAAAUAGAUUACACUAAUGUCACCAAAGUUUUUAGAGAGGAUCCCUGGGAUUCAUGUGCAAAUUACACAUCGUCGAAGAACUCCAGAUGACUUGCCACAGCAUUAUAGAAGUACUUACAUAAGGCUUGGGAUAGGCCUGUUAGCCAUAGACACUAACCUAAGCCUCCAAAAGGCAUUUGAUCAAAUGUUUGUGAGUAUUUGUAUUUUUGCUAAAUUAAUGUGUAAAUGAGAAGUAAAAACUUGUUAACUUUAGAGAGAAAAAAGUGGAUUUGUCAGCCAUCCUCUUGGUAUAUAGAGUAAAUGCUGACAUUGUGUCUGUGGUUAUUGAUGAAUGCAGCAAAAUAAAAGCACCAUAAUUAAG